CUAACGUUAGCCACAUGCUAGGCAGACAAGUAUUUUGUUGUAACGUUAGCAUGCAGCCAUUAUUUCUGACCCUGGUCUCGCGUCAGUCCGUCCUCGUUUUACCUUUAACAUACAUCUGAUGGACUGUUACUAACAUAACCGAGGAGGCCCAGUCACUAACAGUGAUGAGCAAGUUGGCUAGCAUUUGGGUGUGUAACUUAGCCAUUGAGCUAAGUAAGCAUGCUAGCCCGUCGGUGAUAAGCUGAUCUUUAGCUAUGUAACUAUUCGUACAGUCAGUAAUAUUGCUUCGUGCUCGGAAACGAACUGUUAACUUAAAUUAGGCAUUUAUGUCUGUAUCAACCCACUGAUAACUACAAGGUGGGGUUCAAAGGAAGCGUCGGAUUACUUUGGCUAAUUGGGUUGUUGUCUUCUGCACAAAUCCGUUGGUUUAGUAAAAGUAUCAAGAUCAAAAUGUGGUCAUCGUUUUACCUAAUAGGAAAAUACUUGCUUCCUGGUUAAAAAUAUGACAAUGCAAAACGCAGGGGCCAGUUGGGGCAGCCUGGUUGUGGGCUGCAAGUUGAAGGGUCUGUAUUUUACAGAAGAGUGCGGUUCUGAUGUGAAGCUGGAGGAACAGGCUGUGGAGCACUGUCCUCCCAUGGCUGUUAGCACCAUGGACUCUGAGUCAGGAGUUAAAGGAGGCCGUUCCCUGCUGCCUGCUGGGGCUUUGAAUGGCAGCCUGGGCCAUCAAGGGAAGCACUAUGUCUGCGGCUCCAUUGCAGCUUUUACCAAUAUCGUGGUGACCUUCCCCAUUCAGAAGGUCCUGUUCCGCCAGCAGCUGCACGGUGUGUUGGUCACAGAGGCGGUGCAGCAGCUGCAGAGGGAUGGGCUGAGGAAUCUUUACCGGGGCCUGCUGCCCCCGCUGCUCCAGAAGAGCACUACAGUGGCCAUCAUGUUUGGCCUGUACGAGGACUUCUCUAGAGUCUUACUAGAACGGGCCGGUGGCAGCGGUGUGCCAGAGCUGGUGACCAGAAGCUUUGCUGCAGCAUUGGCUGGAACCGCAGAGGCCAUCCUUACGCCAUUUGAGCGUGUGCAGACUCUCCUACAAGACCAUCGGCACCACGGGCGCUUCAACAACACAGCCCACACCUUCCGGACACUUCUGACUGAGUACGGUGUCAGAGAGUGCUACCGUGGCCUCGUGCCCAUACUCAUCCGUAAUGGCCCUAGCAAUGUGUUCUUCUUUGGGCUCCGUGGGCCCAUUAAGGAGCAGCUACCAGAAGCCACUAGCUGGGGAGGUCACCUGGUUAAUGAUUUUGUGUGUGGAGGUUUGUUAGGGGCAGCCCUUGGCAUCAUGUUCUAUCCUUUAAAUGUGGUAAAGUCCCGGGCUCAGUCUCAGGUUGGUGGAGCCUUCCAGCCUUGCAAAGAGGUGCUGCUAACAGUGUGGCGAGAAAGGGGUGGCAGUUUGCCCAAGCUCUUCAGGGGGGCGCACCUCAACUACCACCGUUCACUCCUCUCUUGGGGGAUUAUUAAUGCCACCUAUGAGCUGCUGCUGAAGCUCAUUUGAGAGGGGGAAUGGAGAUGAGAUCUAGAGAGGAAGAGAAAGUAUCUAAAGGAAACACCUGCAUGGAGUUUGUUGAGAAGAAAGGAAAUUGUAAAGUUAAGCUUUUGCACUUGCUGUAUGGAAAUGUUUUUGGGAUGCUGGAGUUUCCAUGACUAAAAGACUGCAAUGAAGUUGCACUUCUGACAGGGGCCAACAGUCAGUGUGAUAUAAACCACCUGCCAUUGUUACCAUUUACUGUUGUCAAAACAUUAAAAACAAGACACAUACUUUAUAGACACAAGACACAUUCUACAUUUAGCCUAUACAAAACUUGUGCCAGGGUCCAAUUGAAAUGCCAUUGUUUGCUCUGUGUACAAAGAUUUGAAGGAGCAAACUGAACUCCAGUGUUUUUUUCCCCACAGUUUAAAACAAAGGUUUCCUGACUGGAUUGGAUCGAGUUCUUUUGCUGGAGUAGCUGUUUUUUCAUAUGUGCUGUGAGCUGUGGUGUGUCUUGUUGACAAUAUCUGUCUGUUUGCCCAAGAGCACUUUCUCUGUGAAGCUGUAUUCUGCCACUUAAAUUAAAUACUUUUAUACUUCUGACCACUGAAAUACCCCACGAUUAAUUGUCAAGGAGAGUGUAUUAAUUGUUGGCCAUUUUAUUUCUCUUUAUGCUCCAUCUCCACUUAUUCAGCAUUUACAUUAAUGAGAUCAGAACGCUAAUGCUUAGGAAAUGUUUGAAAUGAGUAUCAGUGGUAUACGUGUUCUUGGAAAUCCUAGCAGACACAUGCAGGCAUGCUAAUUUGAACAGUUUCUGCUUUCACACAUGAUUCCUCUUUGCCUGUUGGAGGAGAACUUUGUUCAAACGCUUUUUGUCUUGGUUUAUUUUAUGAAGUGCUACUGGCAGGGUGUAUGUGUUGUUUGAGUUUGGAGAAGUGUCCAUUGAUGUAUAUGUCAGUAAAACAUACAGUUACACCCAGA